CAAUCACCUUUUUUUGUAGUUGCAAUGUUGCAUAUACAUAAUAACAUAACAUAACAGCCACCCGACGCAAGCUAUCCUAAUAUGCCUCCAAAUUAGAACCGACAAGAGUGGGGGAAAGGGAUCAACAACCUGCCUCCUCUGCCCUUUGUGUCUUCUUCUCUCUGAAAAACGUUUCGAGGGCUUUUGAGAUUCCCCAAACAAAUAUGGCGUCUCUAUGGCGGGCCGCGACGGGCUCGGCGGGCCAGUCCAACGAAGAGCACGGCGGCGUCGAGUUCUGGUCCAACCCGGAGCGAACCGGCUGGCUUUUAAAACAAGGGGAGUAUAUCAAGACCUGGCGACGCCGUUGGUUCGUUCUCAAACAGGGGAAGCUCUUCUGGUUCAAGGAGUCCACCGUCACCCGCGGCUCACAGCCACGCGGCGUCAUCCCGGUGGCCACUUGCCUCACCGUCAAGGGAGCUGAAGAUGUGCUUAACAAGCAGAACGCCUUCGAGCUCUCUACCCGCUCCGAGACCAUGUACUUCAUCGCUGAUUCCGAGAAAGAAAAGGAGGAUUGGAUCAACUCCAUCGGACGAUCCAUAGUCCAGCACUCCAGGUCCGUUACUGAUAACGAGAUCGUUGAUUAUGACAGCAACAGGAAAUAAUCGAUUGAGAUGAGUACCGAGUCAAAUCAAAUUUACAGAAGAAAAGCUUUCUUCUUUCUUCUUUCUGUUGUAAGUGUGCAUUUUGGUUUCCUAAAAAAGGGUGGAUCUUUGUUGUGUACUCUGCUGAGUGUGCAAUUGUGGAUAUGGAUAUAUUACAUGAUGAACAAUGUACUGCAGCAGCAAGUACUUUGUUUUGUGAUCUUUUGUUUGAAGUUAAAUAUUUUACUUCUAUGUAUAUUUGCACCUGUUAGGGUUUGGUAAUUAGUUGCUUGCGGGAGAUUUAAUGGUAA